AUGGAGGUGAACGGGACAGAUAGCAGCCUCAAUGGCACCGAAACUAAUCGUACCUCUUCUCCAGUCUUCAUUAUUAGUACACGUUAUAUGACACAAUGGAAACGGGAGAGGCAACGAGAACGUCUUUGUCGCAUGUACAAUCAGAUUUUAACGGAAUGCUCGCAGCUUAAUGGAAGCUGGCCUGACCCGGAUGAUCCUCGCUGGAGCAGCGGGGAAUAUGAUGUAGAACUACUGUCAGACUGGUUUCCGUCAAAUAUCACCAACGGUACGAUAGCAGGGAAUACAACAGCUUUAUCAACUGCGGAACCUUUCACACCUGUUCUACCACCCUUCGAACUCUGGCAGACGAUACUGAUUGCUUUCUGCCUUGCAUUAUGUAUACUGUUAACUGUCGGCGGUAACAUUCUCGUCCUUCUGGCAUUUAUCGUAGAUAGGGCCAUCAGGCAACCGAGCAACUACUUCAUUGCUUCAUUAGCAGCCACUGAUAUGCUUAUUGGCACUGUGUCCAUGCCAUUCUACACGGUCUACAUUCUAAUGGGAUAUUGGAAUCUCGGACCCUUGCUCUGCGAUUUAUGGCUUUCCGUAGACUACACGGUAUGCUUGGUAUCUCAAUACACGGUGUUAUUGAUUACGAUUGAUCGAUUUUGCUCGGUAAAAAUAGCAGCUCAGUAUCGCAGCUGGCGUACGAAAAACCGUGUAAUCUGGAUGGUUACCAUCACCUGGAUUAUACCAGCGUUGCUCUUCUUUAUCAGUAUCUUCGGCUGGGAACACUUUAUCGGUUACAGAGACUUGAGCCCUGGCCAGUGUGCUGUUCAAUUCCUCAAAGAUCCGGUUUUCAAUACCGCCCUGAUAAUUGGCUACUACUGGACGACACUUGUAGUCCUGUUCAUUCUAUACGGCGGUAUAUACAAGACAGCGUACGAUAUGCAGAAAAAGAGCGAGGCUAAACAACGUAAGAUGCAAUCGAUGGUGGCUCUGAGUGCCGGUGCGAUGUCAGGAAUGGCGGGUCGUGCAGCUGGUAUAGGCAUAUCGAAAACCCAAAGCACUCUCUUGAGUCAGGAUAAACCAAAAGUAGGUACGCCAGAGGAGGAAGGCGGAGGAGGAGAUGGUUCGGGACAGAAAACCUCUUCCAAGACCUCUGGGAUUGGAGUGACUGAUUCAACGGAGAAGCAAACGUGUGGAAGCACUGUUCCCACAGAGACAGAGAAAUCAGAACGGUCUAGUAGCCCAGCAUUCGAUUCUGACGAAGAGAGCACUAUGGGACCAGCUCAGCAACAUGGUAACAUCAGGAAACGUUCUUCUCUGGCUGGACUAGUUGCUCAAUCCGGUGCUUUUCAAAUUUUCGCAACGAAUGGUCAGCUAAAUGGAAUCGUACCUGCAAAGGUCGACGUUAAUAUGCAGGCACCAAAGAAGCAUUUCCAAACUAGCCCAACCUGUGACAUGAGUACAACGACACAGAGAACUCAAACAUUGCCGAAAAUACAAGAACUCAGUCACUUGGACACCGAUUGUCCAGGUGAGCCUGAUAAGUCUAGCAGCCUAACACUCACACCUGAACAAUCUCAGAAGAAUAGCGACGGUCCUAGCCAACAACCUUUGACCUCUACAGAAACGUCUCCGCCUACUCAUCCUAACCAUUCAAUCACCAGUGGUCAACAAAAUAUCAUACCACCACCAACACAGUUUCAGAGUAGCCCGCAAGUGUCUGAUAGUCCUUCAACUUCGUCAUCUACAGACAGACCUAAGUCUUUGGUUGUCUCUUCUCACGGUGUAGGUACUUUUGAUAUUCUAACCGGUUUGGACGGCGGUGAUCUGAGAUACAUGGAUGAAAGCUCGUUGAUAUUACCCAGCCCUUCUAACGAGAGCCUACCUUCUUCUUUCUCGUGCAGUUUAGCAAACCCUCUGUCAACCACACCUUCCUCGCCAAUUUUAGGAAAUAUCGUCAGUGCACCGAAUACCAGCUUGCUACAGGCUGCCCUAAUCCGAGCUACGGCUCAACAGGUGAAUAAUCAGCAAUCAGCAGGUGGUCAGAACAAGCAAAAUCAUUCUUAUCCAGGGAUGUCUAACGCAUCCAGCCAAACCCACCCACCUCGUGUAUUUAUCACUCAAAAAACAAACGUAGCAUCUCAAACCUCUCCAACAGUUAGCAAAGUGCACACAGAGGUUACUGUGAAGGCGGAGAGCACAAAGCAGCAGCCUGUAACGACGGUUAUCAAUGCACCAGCCACAGUGGAGACGUUGAAUAACACUGUGAAUCAGUUUUCAGAUCAAGAUACGAAGAUCAAUAAUCCUCCUCAGAAUUCAUCCUCCAGUGGUAGCAUCGUGCCUACCAUUUCUGGCACGACAGGAAACGAGCAGGACACGAAGAGGCAUUCGAAAAAGAAGGAGGCUAGGAGUAACGAAGAAGGUGGCUCCAGAAAAGAUUUCGUGAAGACAAUUGGAAAACGUUUGAAGACUAAAACGCAGAGAGGUGAUGCUUUGAUGAGUCGUCAGAAGUCUCGAACGGAGAACAGAGCUAGAAAAGCGUUCAGAACGAUAUCAUUCAUUCUAGGCGCAUUUGUUGCUUGCUGGACACCUUAUCACGUUUUGGCACUGGUAGAAGGUUUCUGUUCGAAGCCACCCUGCACAAACGAACAUCUGUUUAUGUUCUCGUAUUUCUUGUGUUACACGAAUAGCCCGAUAAAUCCAUUCUGUUACGCACUUGCCAAUCAACAGUUUAAAAAAACUUUCACGAGAAUAUUGAAGGGUGAUCUGCAUAUGACGUAA